ACACACGCCCCUUUAUCUUCUCCCCAAUCUAAUUUUGGCAACGCCCCCUUCCCCCUUCAGCCCCACCCUCUCUCCCCCAAAGAACCAAACCCUCAGAACAACGCCUCCUAGAGAGAGAGAAAGAGAGAGAGAGAGAGAGAAAGAGGGGUAGAGCGGAACGGCGCACAACUCUUUUGGACUUUUAGUUUUAGAGAGAAAAUUUUAAAUGGUAUUCAAGUUUUUCUGCUAAAGUUGGUGGCUUUUCUGGGUUUUUGAGCAUUUGGGUUUUUUUAAUAUAUUUUUUGUUGGAGGGGUUAUUGAGAGUUUGAGAGAAAUAAUGGGAAGGGGGAAGAUUGAGAUCAAGAGGAUUGAGAAUGCAAAUAGCAGACAAGUCACAUUCUCAAAGAGACGUUCUGGGUUGCUCAAAAAAGCUCAGGAAUUGGCUAUUCUCUGUGAUGCUGAGGUUGCUGUCAUUAUCUUCUCCAAUACUGGAAAGCUUUUUGAAUUUUCCAGUGCUGGUAUGAUGCGAACUCUUUCAAGAUACAACAAGUGUUUAGAUUCUUCAGAAGAUGCACCAGAAGAAGGCAAGGCAGAGAUUCAGAAGCAAGACUGCAAGGAGCUGGAUAAUCUAAAGGAUGAAUAUGCAAAGCUACAAAAGAAACAAUUAAGGCUGUUGGGUAAGGAGUUGACUGAUUUGAGCUUGAAAGAAUUGCAGCAACUAGAACAGCAAUUGAAUGAAGGAUUACUGACAGUGAAGGAGAGGAAGGAGCAACUACUGACGGAGCAACUAGAGCAAUCAAGAGUACAGGAACAACGUGCUGUACUUGAGAAUGAAACGUUACGCAGACAGGUUGAGGAGCUUCGAUGUUUGUUUCCACAAACUGACCGUGCAGUACAAUCUUAUUUGGAAUAUUAUCCUGUGGAGAAAACUAAAUCCCUUGUAAACCAUGGUGUCACAAGUAGUCCUGAUUUGGUCAGUAAUUUUGCAUUUGAGAACGGCGAUUCUGACACCACCUUGCAGCUAGGGCUGCCAAGUGAUGCUUGUGGGAAGAGGAAAGCUCCAGAAAGAGAAGCCAACUCCAAUGACUCAGGGAGCCAAUUAGGUCUGUAAUUGUUUAUGAGGAUCUCUUUUCUGUAGGAUCAACAGAUGCUAGAGAGAAGUUGAUACAGUCGAGAGUGUAGUGUAGCAACCCUUCCUUGAAAGGUCAGUAACUUGUAAAAGAGUGUAGAAUCGUUAGGACCCCCAAAUCAUCGAUGUGGUGUCAUAGAAGAUCCUUUCUUGGGAAGGUUUGGCUGAUGAAGAGGAAACUGUCCUAGUUAGUUUUUACUAGUUUGUUUUGUAUCUUCUUUCAGGUCGGAGAAAAGAAACAAAGGAAAAUGUUAACUGUUUUCGAAAUUGCAAGUUUUAGCUCCUCUUUCAUAGUCGGAUCAAGA